AUGGAGUAUAUGCCUGGUGGUGAUCUAUAUUACUGGUUGGAGGAGUUUGAGACAUUUACUGAUCCUCAAGCGCGCUUCUAUUUGGCCGAGACUGUUCUUGCUCUUGAGGCACUACACAACCUUGGCUAUAUUCAUCGCGACCUCAAGCCGGAUAAUAUGUUAUUAGAUGCUCGUGGCCAUCUAAAGCUAGCUGACUUCGGUUCUUGUGUUCGUGUCGGCCCUCAAGGUGUACAUUUUUGUACUUCACCCAUCGGCACACCCGAUUACAUUUCCCCUGAAAUGCUGAAUUGUCAAUCAAAGGCUGGUGACAUUGGGCCCGAGUGUGACUGGUGGGCUCUUGGUAUCAUCGCCUUUGAGAUGCUUGUUGGGGAGCCGGCUUUCUACGGACAGUCGCUAGUUGAAACCUAUAGUCGGAUCCUCGGACACGAGAAGGCACUCAAAUUCCCCACAGAUACGGAUAACAUGACCUCCGCUGGAGAAGAUUUCAUUAGGACCCUCCUGAGGCCGGCCAAUUUGCGCCUAGGCUCUAGGGAGCCUUCCACACCUGGUGGACCGACUGGGGCCACCGCCGUCAAGCAGCAUGUUUAUUUUGCUGACGUAGUUUGGUCCCAGUUACGCUCUAUGGUAGGUGGCCCUUAA